AACCUCGGAUCUGGUGACUGACGGACUGCACAGCCAAUAGAAAGCUGAAAGAUACCGGAAGUUCCCGCCUUCUAUCUUGAAAGAGAGAGCAGCAAGUAUCGGUUGUACAAGUGCAGGUCUGAGCCGCUGGGCAGCAUUUGCAGCGAUUGUGGGUCCCGUGCACCGCAAUCAUGUCUAUUAUGUCCUAUAACGGAGGGGCCGUCAUGGCCAUGAAGGGCAAGAACUGUGUGGCCAUCGCUGCCGACCGGCGCUUCGGAAUCCAGGCCCAGAUGGUGACCACGGACUUCCAGAAGAUCUUUCCCAUGGGCGAUCGACUAUACAUCGGCCUGGCCGGGCUUGCCACUGACGUCCAGACCGUUGCCCAGCGCCUUAAGUUCCGACUAAACCUGUACGAACUGAAGGAAGGGCGGCAGAUCAAGCCUUACACCCUCAUGAGCAUGGUGGCCAACCUCUUGUAUGAGAAGCGGUUCGGUCCCUAUUAUACUGAACCAGUCAUUGCUGGGCUGGACCCGAAGACCUUUGAGCCUUUCAUCUGCUCUCUAGACCUCAUUGGCUGCCCCAUGGUGACCGACGACUUCGUGGUCAGUGGCACCUGUGCAGAACAAAUGUAUGGGAUGUGUGAGUCCCUCUGGGAGCCUGACAUGGACCCAGAGCACCUGUUUGAGACCAUCUCACAGGCCAUGCUGAAUGCCGUUGAUCGUGACGCUGUGUCGGGCAUGGGGGUCAUCGUUCAUAUCAUUGAGAAGGACAAAAUCACCACCAGGACACUGAAGGCCCGGAUGGACUAGCCCUCUCUUCCCAGAAACUACACCUUUUCCUUGUUUGUUUUUUUCUAAUAAAAGUCUUUCUUUCAUUCCUA